CCUUUGUUAAUAGUCAGUGCCAGCCACAGCCUAUUGUUGCACCGAUCCAGAAUGUAUCUUUACCAAAUGGAGCACAUGUGAGGGGAAUCUCUAUGACCGUCGGCUCCAACAAUCAGAACAUCUCUUUCUUCGCCAGCGGAGAUUACAACGAGACCUACAUUUACGGAACUGAUGGAUUCUGUACAGAUUCCUACUCAUCGGGAGCAUGCGUAACCUUCCGUGGUGGAACAUACAAUGCAUCGAAAUCGUCUACGGACAAGUCGAUCAGCAGUCGAAAGGAUAGUGAUGGCUUCAAAGCGGACUGGAUGGAAGACACUCUUAGCUUCGGCAUUAAUACAUCGCUUUCUUCGUUUGGAUUCGGCGUUCCGAAACAAGACCUUAAUCAGGCCUUCACAAGUCAAUCACAGCUCGGCUUGGGCAGGAAUUCAUCAUUUUUACAAGCACUCGUAUCCGCCGGCGACAUAGGUACAAAAGUUUACUCCAUAUUUUGGGGACUCGUCGGUGGUCCCGCCGAAAAACAGACUGGAGGGUCAUUGGUUCUCGGCGGUCUGGAUAGAUCGUUGAUCUCAGAUCCAAAUGACAACUUCACAGCAUCACUGUUCCGAGGCAGCCGCUGUGGGACGGGCAUGGUAGUAACAAUUAGCGACAUACUCUUGAACUGGCCAAACGGUACCGACAUGAGUGUCUUCAUGGGGUCACAGUCAGCGGCGAUACAAGCAUGCAUAAGUCCUAGCUUUGCGGGACUAAUGACACUUCCACUAAGCUAUUACAACAACUUCAGAUUGCUCACUGGCGGAACGCCUCCAGACAACAGGACUGAGGCAAGAAGCCUCGGUAUUAAUUACGUUACAAUGCUCUUUGAUCCGAGCAACGCUUAUUAUGGAGGUCUGACAAUCCGGCUUCAGAAUAGCGUCUCAGUAAAGAUUCCCAAUACCGAACUCGUUGUUCCCGACACAUACAUUGCCUCUGAUGGCGCAGUGCAGACGAAUACAUCGGUGCGAGACGUCGUCAUCAAUUCACUUCAGUCCUAUAAUGGCAACGAUCUCCCAGUUGGCCGGCUGUUGAUGAGCUCGGCCUACAUAAUGGUCAACCAAGAAGCCGAGAGAUUUUCCGUCUGGCAAGCGAACACGGGGUCGAGAACCCCUAAUGUAGUUGCGGUCGACAAACAGAACAACAUAGUUAGCGAGUUUUGCAUGAACUCGACUGAUAGAUCAGUUGAUGCUGCACCUUCCCCUACCUCUUCUGUCAAUAUCCUAGUGCCACAAAAUGAAGCGUCAGAGCUUUCAGGGGGCUCAAUCGCUGGGAUAAUCGUUGGUGCAUUAGGAGGUCUAGCCCUACUUAUUGCCAUUGGCUUCAUUCUGCAUCGGAGAAGAAGGUUAGGUAACACGGCAAUAGAAGCGGUACACGAACCAGGACUACAGAUACUACUAGAUGUAAAGUCCCCUACACUUGCUGUAGUUCGAGCGGUGCCUCAGGAACUUCCUGCAAAUCAGUAUGAUAUAAGAGAGUUGGACAGUCGGGCCGUCUGUAAUAGCAGAGAAUAUCAGUAA